CCCGUAAGCACAUCGCCAAUCUCGCAGCUGUUCUCAGUUGCAGACCAUACUUACCGUGCUCCCCACUUGUAGGAGACCACACAGUUAACCCGAGUUGCUCAUGCGAACGACCAUGACCGGUACACUGUCGAUGUUCCGUGUGGAGGAACGCGAUUAUCCUCGACUACACGGUCUCCUCUCGCCAUAUCUCCCCCAAUCUCUCACGAUUCUGGGACAUCACGAACAACAUAUAGAUCAACUAUCGAGCAUGCCGAUCUGGGCAUCUUUCCCCAUAACACAGCCGCCACCUGCGCUCUUCGCACUGUUCGUACUGGGUACACAGACCGCUGGGUACCAAUCGCGAUUGUUCUGUUCCGCCGAAACAUUUCCUGAUCAGCCUACACCGGAGCAGGAGGCUUUCGUCGCAUCAUUCAUGGAGGCCAGUCUGCGCGCCGCAUUUGAAGAGUUCGCAGAGACAUGCCCAGUCGGAGCGAUCGGUAAAGAAUCUGGUCUCUUGGUCGGCUCCAUCCACGAGAAAUGGCACAGCUGUCUCCGUGCGCUCCCCUACGCAGUCAAGCAUUCGCCGUGUCGCAAAGUGUUAUUGCCUCCAUCGGCAGCACGAGCAUUCGCGGAGGGCGCGCGAGACGAUCAUCUACCCCCAGGGGCGCGAGUGACACGGCUGGAGAAAGGAGAUGUGGCGAUGAUCUUGCAGUACAACAAGAUCUCGCGCCCUACGGGAUACGUAGAAAGCAGACUCGAACAAUCGGUGUGCAUUCGUGCGCCGGGUCCGGAUGGCGAGGAGGUGCCUGUGGCCUGGAUCAUCGUGCAUGCGGACUCGAGUCUCGGCGGACUCCAUGUCAUAGAGGCAUUCCAGCGUCGCGGGCUCGGUAGCGAACUCAUGCGUCGGAUCGUUGCGCUGCGAUUGGCAAGAGAAGAAGAGCGAGCUGCCAGGACCCCGGGGGGACCGAAGGACAUGACGGACGGGUGGAAUAUGGUUGAUGUGGUGGAGGGGAACGAGGAGGGAACUCGCUUCUACGGACGCUUGGAGGGAUGGGAGCUGGCUUGGUUGACUUCUUGGAUGACGUUCACCGCACCGCCAUGAAGAUGACAAUGCGCAAGCCAUGCCUUGGAAUUCGAAGUUACAAUCUUCUUCACUUUCCUAGUGCUGCGCAAGUCCUGCCAGUGGUGUUCACUGGGACACACUGGGAUGACUAUGACGAAACAUCUGGUUGGGCAAGGGGUAGUAACCUAACUCGACGGACAGCUACAUCUCAUUCGUCCUUUACACGUCAAGUCUCAGGAUACAGGCGAGGUGCGGCGAGCAAACAUAUGUACCCAAGUGUUUAUAACCCGCGAUCCUCAGUGCAGAUGUGACGUCCGUCACGGAGCUCGCGGGG